AUACAGAGAAAGUGAGCAUCAGUUGUGGGGACAGUGUGUUGAAUUAAAUUGUUCACUCAUAUGGGAUAUUGAGGUACCACUGGAAUGCCUUCAUGUAACAAGAUGAUCUGACUAAUAAGGAUGUUGGCUACCCUGAGAGACUGAAGGCUGAACUUUGCCCCCUUCCUCACACCGCAAUGAUGGACACAUUUGCCCACCUACGGAAACCAACAACCCAACCUUACGGCCUUGGGAACACAGUGACAAGGAGCCAUACCUUCCAUGGUUUAACCCGGACCACAGACCAACACAGAGAGCAGGAGCGGUCACCACGACAACGACGGAUAACCGUUGCAUCAUAUAUGCCUUCAUCUAAGGACCAGAAUGGAAACUUCCCUGAGAAGGACAUGGACCGGCAAGUGGCCAAAUAUUUUGGGGAACUAAGCACAGACGAAAUCUGCCAGUGGUUUAGCAGUAUUGGGCUGCAGAAAUGCCUCCCUUUCAUCAGAGAAGCAGAACUAUCUGGAGCAGACAUAGCCUCAGUUGAUAUGAAAACUCUGGACAUCCUCCACAUUUCCACACUGGAAGAUAGGGAGAAGCUACUGUCUGCCAUUUACAAAGAGCUGCACCCUCCCAACACCGUCACCCAGAGACUCGACUCUCUGCUUGAAACCUCUGGUCCCAACAAUGUUGAGAGAUUCACAGCGGCAUUAGUGUCGAUGAGCAAAUCUAAGUCCGCUCCCCAUGUGAGCUGCCUCAACAUGAAUCGCUGCUCCCUCAAGCUCAGAAACAAAAGCCAGAACAACCUGGUGCAGAGGAAUUCUCAGCUGAUAGAGAUUGCUAUUAAUGCCUCAGAGCAGAUCGUCCAUCUCAGGACACCAAAGGAAACAACAGUGGGAAAGAUCAUGGAGUCAUGUAUCAAGAUGCUAGGAACAACCGAGGAGAAGAGCCUCUUCACUCUGAAAGACAAGACAGAGGAGCUCUCACCAGAUCAGCACAUCGGCAGUUUGUUGUCAUUAUCAUCAGAAAACAGGCAGUUGGAGCUGUACUUGUGUAAAAAGGAGAAACCAAAGAGUGUUGAUUCCCAAGACAUCCCAAAAGUCAACGGCUGUCAUGAGAACGGCAGCAUCAAUCAGUUUAGCCAGCCAGCCAAAGAGGAGAAGAUCAAAGAGCUAAAUCAACAGGUGGACUCUCUGCAAAACGUUAUCCUCCAGGUCCAGGAGCUUCACCAUGGCCUGGUGGCUUUCUGCUCAGAGCUGAAGAGCAUGGAUGUUGAGGUGGAUGUGGAGGGGCUGGGCUCUGCUGAGCUGGAGCAGAGGCUGGAGUUCGUCCAAAACCGAGUGAAGGACAAGAGACAGAGCCUUCAGACCCUUAAAGACAACAUUAACAAUGCUGCCGCGCACAAGAAGAAGCGGCUGGAGGUUCGUCUUCUGGACAAGAUGAAGCUGAACUGCCAGGUGUUUAAAGAGGAGAUUUCCCUGGUACACCUCAACCGUCAGGCGGCUCACCUCCAGAACGCUCUGCAGGACUGCUACGACAAGGAAAGGGCUCAGAAACCGGGUUCAGUGAUUGGUUCGCUGAGCCAGCUUGUGUCCCCGCAGAGUCCUGCCAUGCUGCUGGUGGUGCAGGAGAGCCAGGGGCCCGAUGGGCACUACAGCUUUACCUGUCGCUGCAGAGAGGGCAGCGGCCUUGUGGUCGUCCAGGUGAACAAUUCCCAGCUCUGUGUGGAUGACAGGCUGGUGGAGGUGAAUGGUGUGCCAGUGGUUAGCGCUACAGAAGAGGAGCUGAGCCGCCUCCUGCUGCAGGGACCCAGCGCUCAGCUUGUGGUCCUUCGCAGACCCCCAUCCAGCCCCACCUCCCAUCAGCACCCUCUGCUCCCCCGACACACGGUCAACCCUGAUCCCACCCAUACCAUCUCCCCAGAGAAGGAUGUGGUCGCCACGGAAACCGCUCCGCAGCGUGAAGUCGUGGCCAUCUGAUGACAAAUGGAAGUGUGCUGUGUGUCUGUGUGUGUGUGUGUGUGUGUGUGUGUGUGUGAGUGACAGACAGAGAGAGAGAGAGGUAUGAUGAUGGGUGUAAAGUGUUGUUUCUCCUUUUGUUAUUUGAUUUCCAUCCACACAGUGCUCCAAUAAUCUUUUCUUAUAUUGAUAUUUCACCUAUGGUGCUCUCCUUAGUGGAUUUACUUCUGUGUUUGAUCAUUAUUCUCUUGUAUUGGUGAAACGUUCUCCACAGAUGAAUCACUACCAAAUGCCUUUUUGUUGUAAAUGUCAAGUGGUAAUAUUAAUUAUUUUUUUUUAUUUUUUUUUUUUUAAAUAUUUGUAUUGAUCUUUUCCAUUCCAAAGCUUUCGCCACAUGUGCAUAAUUCUUGGUAGAUACUGAUGUGCAAUCCAUACUGAUUCAGUGGAUGGAUCGCAUUUCAAAGAAAAACAAAAACUCGAAGUAGAGAGCCUUCUUUCACCACAUCUCUUGUCUAUUUGGUUUCGUCCUUGUUUGGAAUCCUAUUUGUGCCCUCAGGCAAAGCGGAAGAGUAAAUAAAAAACAAACACAGAGAGAUAGAGCUUCACUAAAGAGCAUUUCUUUUCAGGAUACAGUAGAGUGAUUCAUGAGGGCAUAACAAUGUAAGCCUGAUGAAGACUUUGCAUGGUCUACCUACUGUGAGCCUGAUUGAGGCGGAGAGAUACGGCUGAACAGACUAAUAGAAAGUAUGUGAUGUGUUUUAAAGUCACAUCCCAGUGGCUGGGAUUCUUUGUGAAAGCUUUCUCUUCACACAACAUACAGUAAGAUGCCCUUCUUCUUUCUGAGCAGAGGGUUUCUAAAUGUCUCUGCUGUCCUGUCUCCCCUUUGGAUGCUGUAACGUGAUCUGCUCUGCAGUACAAAUAAACCCUGUGGCCCGGAAAUGCCUCAUUUCUCAGCCUUGUUCUCCCUCAUUAAGUGGCAGUGGAUCAUACAAGUCUGACAGAAAGACAGGCAGACGAGACAAACAGUACCAAACCCCGACCCAGACCCCUGGGGCCCAGAUAGCCUGAGAAGAGAAGUGAUGAGUCUAGUCCUUUCUGUCAGUAACAGCAAAGGUUGCAGGUCAGGCACUGAUACAUUUGUAUGUUAAUGGUUUUGCAAUUAAAGCCUCAUGAGCUCUAUAUAAGCCCAGCGGUGAGUGACAUGGCAUUUUCUGGUUGCCAAACAGAUCCACAGGGAGGGAGGAGUAUGAUACUGGCAAGCAAGAGAUUUGAGAGAUUUAGUCGCAGACAUGGGAAAGUGAACUUGACCGUGCCACAACAUGUAUAUUUACUCACUGACACAGAUAAACCAUAAUCACAUACCACAGGAAGUGUAACAAUAUAUUGAGAAGUGAUCCAAAACCACAGAACAAUGCAAUAGCAGGGUCAGGACAUGACACGACAUUUUACAGAGAAAUGGAAAGAGUGAGACAGAGAUAGCGAGGAGAAAAAGAAAAGGAAGGAGAGAGUGGGAAAGAGAGAGGGAGAGAGAGAGAGAGAAAUUGACAGUGAUGGUGAUGCUCAUUGUCAAAACAGUCAUACAGUCAUGACUGAGGUCAACCCGGUUUAUAGUUCCCCUCAGCAGAGAGAGGGAGU